GGAAAAGGACAAGAGAACGAGACAGCCAAGGACGAUACAAGUAACGAUGAAGAAGAAGAAGAAAAGGCCACAGCUACUGCAAAGAGUAAGGGUAAGGGAAAGGGCUUGUCCGUAGAUGAUAUAUUAGGAGCCGGGUUCAUGGAGGGCGACGAGGAAGAUGAUGAUGAGGAUAUGAACGAAGACGUCUCCGAUGAUGAAAACGAUGAGGACGAUGACAUUGCUGACGAUCAGUCCUUUGUCUCUGUCGAUGACCUCGAAGAUGAAGGGGACGCUCAUGUGCUUGAGCUCUCAAAAUUAGCUGAAAAGGACCCCGAAUUUUACAAGUACCUUCAGGACAAUGACAUGGAAUUACUGGAUUUCAAUCCUGCUACUCCAGAUGACGACGACGACGACGGAGACGAUGGAGAGGAAGAGGAAGAUGAUACUAUGGAGACUGAUGUUGUACUCCCCAUACUCACCAAGGAUAUAUUGCGUGGUUGGCAAAAAGCCCUCCUAGAGCAUCGAUCUCUGCGUGCUCUUCGAAAACUUCUCCUUGCUUUCCGCUCGGCGGCUCAUAUGAACGAGGACGACCAGGUUCUCGUCUGGAGUAUUGAUAGUGCAGCAGUUUACAGCAAGCUGAUUACUACGACUUUGAAAUACACUCCUAUAAUACUAGAGCACCACAUACCCUACAAAACACUCGCAAAUGGAAAGUUCAAAUCUCCGACACAAUCCACAAAACAAAAGACGCUGCAAAAACUGAUAUUGUCUUACUUUAACAACGUCAUACAUCUCAUUCCACAGGUUACCGAUAAAGAGAUGCUCGAACUCACAAUCGCUGAGAGCGCAAAAAUUCUUCCUUACGUUAUCACCAGUCGCAAGGCUAUCAAGUCUUAUCUCAAGACCUGUCUGGAAAUAUGGUCUACUGCGAACGAUAGGAUACGGAUAACAGCAUUUUUAGCAAUCCGAAGGCUCGCCUCUUCAACAGAUGACUCUAUCUUAGAUAUCGUGUUAAAGGGAACCUAUCUUGAAUUGGUUCAGUCGUCUAAAUCAACCACUGCUCACAAGUUGCCCAUGAUCAACUUAAUGAAAAAUUCAGCCUCUGAGCUUUUUUGCAUAGACCAUGCCAUGGCCUAUCAACAUGCCUUUGGGUACAUCCGCCAACUUGCCAUUCUUUUACGGAAUAGCAUGAAAGUUAAAACCAAAGAAGCGUACAAGCAAGUCUACAAUUGGCAAUAUGCUCACUGCAUCGAUUUUUGGGCCCUUGUGCUGGCUCGUGCUUGUGAUAUGGAAGCAGCGGCUGAAAGAGACGGCCAGGCAAGUGAACUGGAGCCUCUCAUAUAUCCUCUUGUUCAGGUUAGCUUAGGUGCUAUCAAAUUGGUACCCAACGCCCGUUCCUACCCAUUCCACCUGCAUAUAGCUCGUUCUCUUCUUCAUCUCACUAGACACAGUCGUACCUACAUUCCCCUUUCGCCAUAUGUUCUUCCUAUCAUCACUUCUACUCUCGCUUCCACGGGGAAGCCAAAGUCAUCGACUCUUCGCCCAUUUCCGUUCGACACCAAUAUUCGCGUCCCAUCUCAGUACCUCAAGACUCGAGUGUACACAGAGGGUGUUGUUGAGGAGGCCACAGUACUUCUUGCCGAAUGGCUUGCUACUGCACAUGUCCAAGGGAGCAUCGCUUUCCCUGAAAUUGUUGUUCCAGUAGUCGUCGUGUUGCGCAAAAUUAUAAAAGGUGCCAAAUCAAAUGCGAAGGGAUCUAUGGUCAAACAAACAGAAAUGAUAAAGAGUUUGGCGGAACGUGUUGAGGAGAGCGCGAAGUGGGUAGAGCAAAAGAGAAAAGGUCUGAAUUUCUCUCCAGGAAAUAUGAACGAGGUGGAAAGCUGGAAAUCGUGUAUGAAGGUGGAAGACACACCAUUAGGUAAAUAUCUGAAAGUUCAGCUCAAGGCUAGGGAAAAGCGAAGAAAACUGGUGGAUAAAGCGGCUAGGGGUGAAGAUGAGAUAUUGGAGGACUAAUUACAUAGCAUCAUGGCGCUUCCUUCAUGAACUGCGCUUUAACGUAUUGUGACGUCCUCUACUGAAUCAAUCCGAUUUAAGCAAAUUU